AAAAUUCCCUACGACGUCACACUUGGAUGACAGAUCGCGGAAGUGAAGCAGAGAGGAACGCACCAACCAAACAAGUUGCUUUUUUACUCGGUGAAUAAGAUUUAACAGAACGCUGUCCGUCAUGUUAGGCGGAGGAUUUAAAGCAGAAAGACUGCGUGUCAAUCUACGUCUCGUUAUCAAUCGUCUUAAACUCCUGGAAAAAAAGAAAACUGAGCUAGCUCAGAAAGCACGCAAGGAGAUAGCAGACUACCUGUCAUCGGGUAAGGAUGAGCGGGCGAGGAUCAGGGUUGAACACAUUAUCAGAGAAGACUACCUGGUGGAGGCCAUGGAGAUCCUGGAGCUCUACUGUGACCUGCUGCUAGCUCGCUUCGGCCUCAUCCAGUCUAUGAAGGAGUUGGACCCAGGUCUACAGGAAGCGGUUUCCACCCUCAUCUGGGCCGCUCCACGUCUGCAGUCUGAGGUCUCAGAGCUCAAAAUAGUGUCUGACCAGCUGUGUGCCAAAUACAGCAAAGAAUACGGCAAGCUGUGCAGGACAAACCAGAUAGGAACAGUCAAUGACAGGCUUAUGCACAAGCUGAGCGUGGAAGCCCCUCCUAAGAUCCUGGUUGAGCGUUACCUCAUAGAGAUUGCCAAGAACUACAAUGUGCCCUAUGAGCCAGACGCCAUGGUCAGACCAGAGGUGUGUCCAGGAGAGGAGGCAGACCUGAUAGACGUGGACACGGACAACAAGAAGCCCAGGGGAGGAGGAGGUGGCGGUGGAGGUGGAGGAGGAGGAGGAUUCACCGCUGGGGCCAUGCCCAUGCCUAUGCCCAUGCCUAUGCACUCUGCCUUCAACUACCCCACCCCGAAAGGAGCAAUAAAUGUCUCUGUCCAGGAGCCCUUUAGCGGCCCUGUUGGCACCUAUGAGGGAUUCAACAGCUUCCAGCCCCCCAUGAGAGGAGGGCCACCUCCCGAGCUACCCAGUUGCCCCCCCACCUACGAGUCUAUCGAUGACUUGUCUAUCAAACCCUCUGAUCCUUCCCAGGUGUUAGGCCCAACCUACCCUGGCCCUGCUCCUUAUGUCUAUGACAACAACGCCCUCCCUGAGCUUCCCUCUGUCCCCGACACACUCCCCACUUCGUCUUUCGGAGGGAACACCGCCACCUCGGACGACAUCGACUUCGACGACCUGUCACGCCGCUUUGAGGAACUGAAGAAGAAGACCUAAGACCUAGACCAGCCCUCGCCCACUUCCUGACACCCUCUCCCAAUAUCCUGUGAUGUUACUCACCACAAGGAAAUUGGGAGGUUUCAAACAAUAUGGGCUUGUUCCUCAACGGUGAAACUCUCCUUUUCUUUUCAUUGCUACAUUUCUAUAGACUUUACCUCACCUCAUUCAAACACUUGUGGCAUUCUCCCCCUAGCUUGAUAACUCAACAGAAGUCCUUGUCACUGUUGUCAGUCAAUACAUUUUGCAGUAAAUAAUAAGAACCUCAAUACAACACAAUCAAGAUAUGACUGGAUAGUUGUUGUUUGAUUGUUGUUUUAUAUGCACUAGGAUGUACAGUGGCCUCCUUAAGUCUAGUCAAAAAUAUUGAAAAUGCUAUUUGAGCCAUAAACCUCUGGCUUACCAUGCAAAUGUUUUCAUCUUGUCGCUAACUUGUCUUUUUCUAGACUUUGGGCCAAUGUGUGAUUGGUACUAAAGGGUUAGCUUUCUAGACACUGAUCACACCUUUUCUAGAACGAUGAGGCUCUUAAUUUAUACCCUCAACUGUUAAUAGUUCAUCUUUAUAGUAGUACCUUCCUCAAGAGGGCUGCGUAAAACUAGUAACUUUGGGUGUGACGUCAUACUGUUCCAUCACUGAAUAGUGUACUAGACUAACAGGUCUGUCUGGCCCAACCAGAAAUACAGAGCUGUUCACACACUCUUUGCUCUACACUCCGCCACUGUGGCUGAGAAGCCGUAGGGUGUGUCUUGUGUUAGUGUGGUCACCAUCACAGAUCAUUGUGGCAUCAUUUCAAUUGUUCAUGACCUGUCUUGAAGGUUGACCAUUUCUGGUGUACCGAUCUUCUAAAAGCUGAUUGUACAUCAACACUUUUUGAAGCUUUUAAACAUUCAGUUUCUGCUUCUGUAUGAUUGUCCCAUUGACUGAGCAGCCUCUUGUUGACAAGGUCCACUGUGACUCCUCAGACUUCAUCUAUCAAUCUGUUACACUAGGUGGAGGGAUGCUGUCACAAAGAUUUUUUUGUUAUUGAUAUGCUUCUGUUAAGGUCUCACUUGUUUUGAUUGUUGUAGUUUUACCCCAGACAUGCACUUUCUGUAUUUACAGGACUUUGCCUAUGCAGUGAAUUGGCUAAAGGAAUGCAUGUUCUGACUUUGUGGACGGAACUGUUUCCUUCAUGAAAACCACUUGACAAUGAGCUUUUGCUGUACCAGGUUCUCUUUAGGCAUUAGGUGCAGUCCUGGGACCUUCAGCACAGAUUUGAUCAUUCUGCUCAGGUCAGAUCACUGAUUUCCCAGAUGAAAUAAGUCAUUUUUAGCGUGAGCCAGGAAUCUGUGUUCACGUGCGUCUGAUGUGCACCAUACUGCGUUUGCCUUUGUUACCAUGAUCUCUUAUCAGAGGCCUUCUUAGUCUGCACGAGUAGCAGACAUACUGCUCAUGUAUCUGUCCCUUUCCACUGGGUAUAUAAACUAACUAAUACCAUUUUCACUGUAAGUCUUGUUUAAUGUACUCAAAACUCCAUUAAAUAAUUUUGUUUUUUGUAUUUAUUGGAUGAUCAGAUCUGGUGAUGGAUGUAAUUGUUUUGAUAGAUGGAGAGUGGAUAGGAUAAAAGUUUCUGUUGUAUUUCUUUCAUUUUACUUGAUGGAUGAAGGGGAGGACAAAGAAUAAGAGAUGCACACUGUCACACUACUUAAGAGUGAAGAAUGUUUGAUACUAACUGUAAAAAACUACUAUAUUGUCUUAUUCAAUGGCAAAUUGUAAUGUUUUUCUUUUGUCUGUCAACCCAAAAAUGAUAGUUUAAUAAACAACAUUUGGAAUUGAA